AUGGAUUGUCCAGGCCGUUCGCUCUCUGCUCUCAGAUCUUGCUCCAAGGUUCGGGGUCUCCUGUCUCUCGCAAGGAUUCCGCCUUCCCCUCGUCGCGCGCCAUUUUGUCCUUCUUCGCCUUCACUCACUCUCUUCUCCUCUGCCCAGAACGUCGGAGACGGAAGAAGCCUCGACGAGGGCCCGGAUGAUGGGGAAGAUCUGGGAUCUGAGCGGAUCAAAAUGCGGGAUCUCGAGUCUAUUCUCCACGGAGAAGGUUCGUCUUCUUUCACACUAAUUCAUAAAAUUCCACGGGAUAAAUUCACUGCGGACAUGUGCCCAAUUUCCUCCUCGGCAUCUAUAAAUAGUCCAGCUCUGAUUCUGAGGGAUCAAUACCCAUGAUGAUUCAGGAUUGAGAGCCUCCUCAAGAGACGAAGCGGAUCUUGAAUCGUCCACUGAUGGAGACGGGUCCUCUCAUACGAGCAAACGACAGACGUGUGUGCAGGGCACUGGUUCUGUCGCCUGCCUCGGUCUGGGCCAAGAGGGCAAUUCUCAAUCCUCUCUUCUACCAGAAACGGCGGAGAGAAGCCAGAAUUCCGGCGUCAAGCCCUUCGCGGGCCUUGGGCUGGACCUCAACGUGGUAGACGUCUCAGAUUCCACGGAGCACAAUCCGUUCCACCCGUACAGGAACCUGGGCCAAGCGAGGCCUGCGGAUCCCUCGGAGUGUGGGAGCACGACUGGGCCUCUGGAGGAGAGCGAGCCGCUGAGGAGAUGGAGGGAGAUGAAGCAGAACGGCUUCCUUACCUCUUCACACGGGGGGAUCCCCCCCGUCCCGAAGCAGCGUGGCCGUCCGGCGAAGAGGAGGAAAGAGGAGGAACAGAAGAAGCCAGAGACUGCAAAGAGAGAGCAGGUUAACAGGUUCACCAAGAUCACCUCUCCGAGUGGGCUCCUCUCUGGGUUGAAUCCCGGGAUCAUCAACCAUGUGAGGAACAGCAAGCAGGUCCAUUCCAUAAUUGAGGCGAUAGUCAGGUCCGAGAAAGCCGAGGGACUGGCCGACGGGCUCGCCGACGGAGGCGAGCCCAGGAGGUGGAACAGGGAUGGGAAGAACAGGGGGCCCAGGAGGCUCAACCUUCCAUCGAACAAGUUGUUCAAUUUUUCAGUCCCUGAGAGCAAGGGUGAGAUCAGUGAACUGGGUUUGGAGGACGAGAGAUUCCGCAAUAGGCAUGUCUCAUCUCACGCGUCCUCCAGAGACGAGGACGAUAUCCUCGCGCUGAAACUGACUACUGGUGGAACAAUGCCAUCAGAGAAUGUCAGCAGCUUGUCUACUGAGGAUGCUCCAGGGAACCGAGACAGUGUCGGCUCCCUCUCUCUAAAAGGUGAGUCUCUUUCCGGGUCAUGAACUUUGAUUUGACUGUACUUCGAUUUCAAGUUUCUGCCAGAUAUCCAUUUACAGUAAUGGGCAAGCUAGAGGAAGCAUACAUCGGAGGAACUAACUUGGGUCUUUCUUGUUGUAGCGGCCACUGUUGCUUCUCAAUGGUUGGAGCUUCUGUAUCAGGACACCAGAGGCCGUCUAGCUGGUAAUGAUUGGCUUGAACUGUUUGCUUCCCAUAGUGCGCUAAUAUAUACGAUUCAUGGCACCAUUGCUAAUCCUGCGAAUGUUCUACUGCCUGACGUAGCUCUGAGACGAAGUAGGAAGAGAGUGCGGUAUGUGAUCCAGAAAGAGCUACCCUACCUGGUGUUAGCCGAACCUUCGUCAAGCCAAGAGAAUAACUGUUACUUCCAACAGUCAGAUGCCACCUCCGAAAAGUACGCAGCCUCUGUUGAUCACGGGAGGAGAUGGAGGAUCCUCUUCAAUCAGAUGGACAUGGCCUUGUCUGAGGAGGGAACACAUCUUGUAAGUCAAUGAGAAAGAACACCAUGGACACCGUCUAAAGGAUGGGGAAUAGCAUUAAACUGGAGCUUUUCCAUCAGUUCGUGCAAAUGUUAAAUUCAUCACAUCAUGAGAUAUCUACGUUUUCUCUUUUGUUCAGGAGAGGCUGCUGCAACAGGUGAAAGAAAUGCAGAUAAAAUGCGAAAAGGGACUGAAAUCUGUGAAAGAGGACGCAUCGAUGUGUGCUGGUUCCUCACAUAACGGCAGGUAAAUGCAAUCAAGCAAAAUCUAUCAUAUGAUUUUCUCAGUUGCUUUAAUAUGCUCAUCAGUUUCAUCCAAUUAAUGAUCCGCGAACGUGUAACCAUUCUGUGAAUCAAUCUUCUUCAACAUGUAGUUCAUUUAGUCUUGGAUGGGUUCUUACCUGAGAAUUUUCUCCCUGACGGCAGGUUGAAGCAGGGGGACGCUUUGGAGGGGGACUAUGCGGUGAGAGCUGCAGCAGCAUCCUUAUAUUCUGCGUGCAACUUUAUCAUGUCAAUGGAUAAUGUUUCCUGCUUUUGA